AUGAGAUUGUUCAUUGUGCUGGCCGUGGCUUAUGCCGCGAGUGCUUCUGCCAGAGAUGCCAAGGAGCUGAAAGACGUCAAGGAGCACAAGGAAGUCAAGGAGAAUCUCCCUCAGAAAGAACAAGACUUCGCGAAGGAUGCCCAGGACAUUAUCAGCGAUGUCCUGAGAGAGGGCCGUGGCCUCAAGGAUUCGCUUUCUAGCAUCUCGUCCGCCUUGAAAGGCUUCAACCAGAUCAAUUCGAUGAUGGGUGCCGUCAAUGUCACCGAAAUCGGCGACGCUUCGACCCGGGUCGCCAAAGAACUUUCCAAGUCCUUGAAAGUUGAUGUGUACGCCGUUGGGAAGGCCCUGGCUGGAGCCGGUGCUGCGGUCGGCACCACUGUGUUCCUCGGCGGGAUGGCCGCUCUCCUGGCGACCGGUCUCGGUUUCUUCAACUAUUCGCCGAAACUCUACGAUGCGGGAUAUCCUUUCGUAACGUACCAGAAUCGCUUGGGUCCUUACCCAGGAGUCCUCGGACACGCUCAGCAGGCUGUUUACCAACGAGUCCAACAGGCUCAACAAGCUUUCGGUCCCCAGCCCCAGUCUGCUUACGUAGGAGUGCCGAAAGCGCAACAAGUUCAUGGACAACGUGUCGCCGGUCAGGAACAACAGAAGGGAACAACUUCUCCCCAAUAUCCUGUUUACCACGGAUCUAAUCCUCAGGAAGGACGCGCUGCUGACUUCGGAGAGGUCAGCGCGAGGACGGCCAGAGUACUGGACGAAGUUAAGCAACCCGCUAAUCCGGAUCUCAUGCCUGCGAUCCACGACCUUCUCGGGAAACUGGGAGAGGCCGUCAAUACGCUCGGCCCACAAGUCAUGGCCGCCGCCCGCCGUUGAAGCCUCGGAGCUGCACUCAAACCACUCGAGGCUUUCGUCUCUGUACAUAUUCCAAAGAUCGUGUUUGAAAGUGUUCCUGCUACUGUAUAUAGAAAUAUGUCAUAAUAAAUGGAAAACCUUGGUCACAAGA